AAAAAAAACGGGUAAAAGAUUAGCCAGCUAAAUACAGCUAAUUUAUUCAUUGAUUCGCGUCUCUCAAGAGGAGCGGAACUCUUCGAGCCCCUGAGGACUGUGGGUACCGAGGGCAGCAGCCAUGUCCGGCUCCUACGAUGACUCCAUGGUCGACGUCUCCAGUGACAGCUUCUGGGAGGUGGGGAACUACAAGCGGGCAGUGAGGCGGGUGGACGAUGGCAGUCGCCUGUGUAACGACCUGAUGAACUGUCUCCAUGAGCGGGCGCGCAUCGAGAAGUCCUACGCACAGCAGCUCACAGAGUGGUCCAAACGCUGGAGACAGCUUAUAGAGAAGGGCCCUCAGUACGGGACCCUGGAGCGGGCGUGGGGUGCCCUGUGCACGGAGGCGGAGAAGGUGAGCGAGCUCCACAUGGAGGUGAAGGCGGUGCUGAUGGGGGAGGACUGUGAGAAGCUCAAGGUGUGGCAGAGGGACUACUACCACAAACAGAUGAUCGGAGGCUUCAAGGAGACCAAGGAGGCUGACGACGGCUUCCGCAAGGCCCAGAAACCCUGGGCCAAGAAACUGAAAGAGAUGGAGACUAUGAAGAAGGCGUACCACGGGGCCUGUAAGGAAGAGAAGCUGGCCACCAGCCGGGAGAACAACAGCAAGCUGGAGAACCACAGCAACCCUGAGGCCCAGAAGAAACUGCAGGACAAGGUGGAGAAGUGCCAGCAGGAGAUGGAGAAGACUAAGGAGCGCUAUGAGAAGUCUCUGGAGGAGCUGGACAAGGUGACUCCCCAGUACAUGGAGAACAUGGAGCAGGUGUUUGAACAAUGGCAGCAGUUUGAGGACAAACGCAUCACCUUCUUCAAAGCACUUCUGCUGGAAGUCAAGCAUCACCUCGACCUCUCCACCAAUCACAAAUUCCAGACAGUCUACCACACGUUGGAGGACACUAUCUCUGCUGCUGACGCUGUGGAGGACCUCAAGUGGUUCCGCUCCAACCAUGGUCCUGGCAUGCCCAUGAACUGGCCCCAGUUUGAGAAUGUGGACUGGUCCCGCUCCUCUAGGUCCAGAAGGUCCAUUGUAGACUGGUCCAUAGACUUGAACCGUACACUGAGUCGGCGAGAGACGAAGAAGAAGCCCUCUGAGGGAGUCACCCUGACGGGCAUCAGCCAAAUGGAAGAGCAGCAGGCAGCCAAGAGCAGCAGCAGCCUGACUGUGCCCACAAGCACAGAGCCGGUGGGUUCAAACCCAUUCGAGGAAGACGACGACGAGGAUCUCCAGGGGACCGUGAAGGAACAGCCUGCUGUCGUCAACAACAACAACAACAGCAGUCCGCUCAAUGUCAAAAAAGUGGAGGAAGUGAAAACCGCCAGCAGUGUGGAGAAGUCGCAAGAGUGGUCGGAUGAGGAGACUGGGGUGAACCCGUUUUCCAUUGAGGAUGCCAACGGCGAUGGGAACCCAUUUGAGGUGGAGCCGGCGUCCUCGGGGGUGUCUGUGGCCGUGCGUGCCCUCUACGACUACGAAGGACAGGAGCAGGAUGAACUCAGCUUCAAAGCAGGUGAGGAGUUCACCAAGAUAGGAAACGAGGACGACCAGGGCUGGUGCAGAGGGCGCCUGAAAGACGGCGUGGUGGGCCUCUACCCCGCCAACUACGUAGAAGACAUCCAGUAAUGACCGAGCGAGGGACGAGGAGGAAAACGAGAGAGAGAGGAUGGGGUGAAGAGGCUAAAGAAAGUGGAGGAGAUGGGGUAGGAGGGUGGGCAGGCCUCGCAUUCGCCCCUCACCCUCUUCCCCCUACGUGGUAGAGGCUGGCCGCAGUGUGUGUGAGUGAAAGGGGUGGCAGAAGGAAGGGGUUUGCCCAUCGAAGAGGAUGAUGUUGUAGCUCUCUCUGUUGUAUCUUCCUGGAUCCCAUGUCGUUAAGCACAUCUUCCUACAACUACAGUCUGCCCUCAUUGUCAGCCUUUAUGAUGGGACACCCAGUACAGAGUCUAAAGCCAGCUACAAAAGCAAAUGUUACUUAAAGCCAUUACUGUUACAGAAAAAAUAUAUAAAAAGCUAUUUGAAACAUGUAACCUUCCAAUUGUAGCUUGAAGUUAUGAAGAUAUUGAAAGAAUUAACCGAUUUUAAAAGAUCCGAACAGACAUGGGAGAGGAUAUACAUGUGUCCCAUUCACGAGGUCUAGCACAUUCGAUUUGAAACUAAUUGGAGACCUAAAAGUAAUCUUAGUUUAAUCUUUUAAUUCAUUUUUGUCAUAGACAAUUGGUGAUACAUAUUUUUAGUUCUAUAGAUCUGAUUCUAUUGUAACACUGAUUUGUAGUCCAGGAUCUGAUUUGGUAGUCUUAUGUUGAAAUAAGGGCAAUUCCUAAUUGCAUGUUAUUUCUUGCUCUGUUUUGAGCGUCCUUCACCCUAUCCUUUUGACAGUAAUCAAGGUUUAUUUUUUUUCCACAUGAAAGCCAUUUGUCUGAAAUAUCAGAACCUACAACCCUGUUUUCUUAUUUGACUUUUCAAAUGUUUUAAGAAAAGGGCUUGGAAUUCAUGGCAGUGCCGGUUCAGAACAAUUAUCUUUAUCUGAUGCUUAUAGUUCAGAUUUGUCUUGUUAUGCCUUUUUUUGUAUUUUAAAUCUGAUUUAUGUUUUGCUCAGCGAAUAGUUGAUGAAUGAGAGAAACCGAGAUGAUGAAUUAUAUCCAGUUCUUCCACCGUCACCAACCAGCCUGGUCUCAGCAUUUCAUAUUAUUCUGUAAAUGCUCUGAAACCAUGUUGCGCCAACCCACAUUUUAACAAUAAGUGACGCACUCAGAAGUUCUCCUGUAACCUUUACCCCUCAACUUUAAUUGAUUGUAUAUUCUUUAAUUGUUUCAUUGUAUCGGCUCACCUAUUGAUUGUACAUGUUUUCUGGUCAUUCUAGUAUCAGGGACAUUCACCAGGGCUCUGGCCAAACGUAGUACACUAUAUAGGGCAUAGGGUGCCAUUUGUGACAGCCUCUAUUCACACAAUUGACUUCACAUUCUGUUGGUAGAUUCUUACAUCGUGGAUGUUGUUUUUUCUUUCCACACUGAAUGCUUGGCAAUAAGGUGUGUCACUUGAAGCUAGGACCUUUAGCUGUAGCUUGCUUGGCAAUAAGGUGUGUCACUUGAAGCUAUGAGCCAUAGCUGUAGCUUGCUUGGCAAUAAGGUGUGUCACUUGAAGCUAGGAGCUUUAGCUGUAGCUUGCUUGGCAAUAAGGUGUGUCACUUGAAGCUAGGAGCUUUAGCUGUAGCUUGCUUGGCAAUAAGGUGUGUCACUUGAAGCUAGAACCUUUAGCUGUAGCUUGCUUGGCAAUAAGGUGUGUCACUUGAAGCUAGGAGCUUUAGCUGUAGCUUGCUUGGCAAUAAGGUGUGUCACUUGAAGCUAGGACCUUUAGCUGUAGCUUGCUUGGCAAUAAGGUGUGUCACUUGAAGCUAGGACCUUUAGCUGUAGCUUGCUUGGCAAUAAGGUGUGUCACUUGAAGCUAUGAGCUUUAGCUGUAGCUUGCUUGGCAAUAAGGUGUGUCACUUGAAGCUAGGAGCUUUAGCUGUAGCUUGCACUGGAUGUCCAUUCAAAGCUUUGGGAGAAUAUACUUUUUUUGUCCCAGCGAAAACAAUGUUGCACGUUCAGCAAUAAAAACCACAGCAUUUACUCUUUUUCACAAACUAGAGGGUCCGAUUUAAUAAAAGUAUGUUUGCAUGUAAAUAGCGAGGAACCUAUGAACAAAUUAAGCAGUUAUAGAUUCAGGAGUUGUGAUUUAAAUUUAUAUUUGGAAAUCAAAGACUGUUAAUGUAUGAGAUGCCUUAAGUGCUUUUGUUCUCUGUCAGAUGAAAUGCUGUGAUUCGGAAACAAAUCCGUUUGUACAAUAAUUGUAUGUUUUAUGGCGAAUGUCUCGCGAGUUUGCUGUCUUGUUGCAUUUGUAAAUAUAAUGUAGUAUCUCCAGAGGGGCCAGAGCCUACUUAUGAUUAGUAAUUGACAAAUAACUGAGAUUAUAUUUCUCAUUUUCUUUUAAAAGUUCAUGAUUGACACACACACCUUUAACACCACCACAUGUGCAUUACCAGUAUUGGCAAACUAUAUCUGUUAUUUAGGACCUAUCCCAAUUCCCAUCUCGAGUAUAGGUUUCUCCUAUUGGGAGUUGACGUUUUGGCUCUUACAUUGUUGUGAGUACAUUCUUUAGCAAACACUGUUUACGCAUGAUGCUCCUGGAAAUAUCCCCUACAUUUUAUGCCUACAACCGCAUAGCGAGAGAUUGGUUUAAUAUUAUUUUUCUGUCAGUGUGAGAGGUUAUGCUGUGCGUUUCAUGUCAUGAGAUGUAUAUCAUUGGUUUCAGGUCAUGAGAUAUAUAUCAUUGGUUUCAGGUCAUCAUGCCAUUAACAGAACACCACAGCAGCUUUACUUGCACAACUCAGUUUGCCAAUGUUGUCCCACAGCAUACAUUAUAAAUGAAUUGAACGAAAAGAAGUUCAACUGUCUUUUUUUAAAUGUAUUUUUUAUUAAACAUACAGUAUCAA